CUCAGCGGGCAGGACCACCUCUCCCACAUACCCGGCGCCUCUCCUUUUGCUGGUGGGGCCGGAGGUUUGCUUUUCCCCUCUCUUUGCGAGCCUAUCCCAGAAAAUCCAUCCUCACGGAGAUACGGCGACCUGUUUGUUCUGCUGGUAACGGUGUGAGCGAGCCGGGCCCUGUGAACCCCCGGCUUCCAUAGCGGGAAAAUGUUAAUUUUAGCGUCGGGCUGAAUUUAGGCAGCUUCGGAGAGGCACUGCCUGUGUUCAGCAUCCGAAUUUAAAGUGGGUCAUUCAUUGCUGAGGUGCAGCGUUUUUGAUCUGUGUUGAGGUUGUCGCCGGUACGUCUGCAGGGAGAGCUGGUUAAACCCUGAGCAUCUGGUCUCCAGCAGCAGUUCAAGUUACUCAUUGAUGGAGUGCUAACACUCAGCAGUUCCCAAUUCGCUGUAGUCAGGUAAAUUCUUCCUGUAUGGAUCAGCCUUCUAGUGAUGGUGAAACUGGGAGAAGACCACUCUAAGCAAACGCAGGAUGAAUCGGGUCCCAGCUGAUACAGAAAAUGCUCACAGUAGCAGUGUGGAAUCUUGUCCUUCCUUGCGGGAUGUCCACUCCAUCAACCCAACGCAGCUGAUGGCAAGGAUUGAGUCAUAUGAAGGCAGGGAGAAGAAAGGCAUAUCAGAUGUCAGAAGGACUUUCUGUUUGUUUGUUACAUUUGAUCUCUUAUUCAUAACCUUACUGUGGAUAAUAGAAUUAAAUGUGAAAGGAGGCAUUGAGACUACCUUAGAGAAAGAAGUUCUACAUUAUGACUACUCUUCUUCAUAUUUUGAUAUAUUUCUACUGGCAGUCUUUCGGUUUAAGGUGUUAAUACUUGCAUAUGCAAUGUGCAGACUGCGCCAUUGGUGGGCAAUAGCUUUUACAACAGCAGUGACCAGUGCCUUUUUAUUAGCAAAAGUAAUUAUUUCACAGCUGUUCUCACAGGGUGCUUUUGGCUAUGUGCUGCCCAUCAUAUCCUUCAUACUUGCCUGGAUUGAAACUUGGUUCCUGGACUUUAAAGUGUUACCACAAGAAGCUGAAGAAGAAAAUAGAUUUUUGAUAGCACAGGAUGCUUCAGAACGAGCAGCUCUUCUUCACCCAGGAGUCCUCUCUGAUGGGCAGUUCUAUUCUCCUCCUGAGUCUGUAGCAGGUUCUGAUGAGGACUCUGAAGAAAAGCAAGACAGUGAAAAGCCAAUUGUAUAGCAAAUAAGAAAAAGCAG